AACACUCCAGGGCUGCCAGCAUCUCAAAACACUCGCCGCAUUUGCGCACUCGCAUCGUCUGGCAAGCCACCGUAGCGGAAUUGCGUCUUUUGCGAUUGAGUGGCCGAAUUCAUUGCCAGAAGAAGCAGUCCCCUCGCCAUGGCGAGCAAAGGCCCCGACGUGUCGGGCAAGAGGAACGGGAAGCCCACCAAGCCUGGCUCGCCAUCAUACGAUAAGCCCGGGCCGGAGUUGAUCCAGCAAUGGCUCGACCGGGGAAAGGACCCGGACCCGGAAUACCAGAACUGGAUGUCGAGCAUCCUUCCUCAUCUCACCCUGGAGUCCCACUCGGCAGACGGCCCACACCCGGCCGUCACGUUGCGCUUCGCCGUCAAGCCAGAGCACUGCAACGACCUCAAUAACAUGCACGGCGGGUGCACCGCGACCCUGUUCGACUUCGCCACCACCAUGCCCAUCAUGCUCAUCUCAAAGCCGGGCUUCUGGGAGUAUCUGGGCGUCAGCCGCACCCUCAACACGACCUAUCUCCGCCCCAUCCCCUGCGGCACCUCCAUCAUCGUCGAGGCCGACAUCCUCCAGAUUGGCAAGCGCAUGACCACCACGCGAGGCUCCAUGCACGCAAUCAACGAGGACGGCAGCAAGGGGGCGGUCCUGGCCGUUUGCGAGCACGGCAAAGCCUGCGUCGACCCUCCAAAGAUGUGACCGUCGGGGUGCAGAACGACCUGGAAGUGGUUUAUAUUGGAAGCUUGCUUGUAGACGAGCGCUGAUAGAACUUGGAGUAUUUUGUUCCGCUUAUAGAUCAGCGAAUCCAUAGAUGUCGUAGGGAGUGCACGAGGGAUCAGUCCAGAUUCAGUUUCAUCCCCAGUGUCCAGAACCGCAUUCUCUCGACUUUCUGAAGUUUCUAAACACUGCAUGCGACGUGGCUCGACAAUCGAUGGUCAGCCAAUCUUU